AUGGCUGAUGACAGUUUUGAAACAGGAAACCAGAACGCUUUCUUGGUAAAGCGCGCUCAAUCUGGAGGUGUUCGAUUCUCUCGCGAUCCUUUUAACUUGGUCAACAUCCACUCCCGCAAGCAUGCCGGUUUCGUCAACGAGAAGGCUGUCGGAGUUAUUGAGGAGAAGGGAGACAAGAAGGGUGUUACUUUGAUCACCAAGAAGGUCAAGAGCACACAAAAACCUGGAAGCCUCCACCACACCACUGGCCUCGGCGGUAACAAGUCAACAAGAAAGACCUACAAGACCAUUGUCAGCAACACAGCCAAAUCUGGAUACCGAUCUGAUCUCCGCCCAUACGCCGUUGCCCGCGCAUCUGCCAUCCGUAAAUCACAAACACCAAAGAAGGACUUACCAGAAUCGAAGGUCCGAGGAGCAAAGGCAAAGAAGGCGGCUGCUGAGAAGGACGACGAGGUUAGAGGCAUAACAUUUGCAACCAAAUCCUAUGAUCAUUGGUGA